CAGUGAGCGAUGAGGCGCACAAGGAAAAUAGGAUCGGAGCGUUUCUGGUUUGUGUUUGUGGGAUAUGGACACUGGAUGCGCUCUGAUGGACAUUUCGCUGUGAAGUUGGAAGGAAGGGAUGACAAAUGUGCUUCAAGAUCUGAUGUCAAGCUCCGGCUGAGCGCGUCUCCAUGAAAGUCAGUUUUUUUUGCUGCUGGAGCCCGGAUAAGUGGAAGUUAAAGGAUGGAUGGAUAGGGUCACAUUAUAAUUCCGAUCCAUGGGUUGAAUCACGAGAGCCUUUUGGAUUUUAUUCCAAAGGACAUAAUGUAGCAGGACUCUUCACUUUUGCAUAAAUGCCCAUCCCUCAGGUGUUCAGGGAUGGAUCUCAUGAACUUCACAACCGUCAUGGACAAUGGCUUUUUGGAUGAGACACCGUCGAGCCGUGUCCUGACUGGCUGUUUUCUCUCGCUGCUCAUCCUCACCACCUUGCUGGGAAACACCCUCGUGUGUGCGGCCGUCACCAAGUUUCGACAUCUGCGUUCUAAAGUGACCAACUUUUUUGUGAUCUCGCUGGCUGUGAGCGACCUCCUGGUCGCCAUCUUAGUCAUGCCGUGGAAGGCGGUGACAGAGAUUGCGGGCUUCUGGCCAUUUGGUUCCUUCUGUGACACCUGGGUGGCUUUUGACAUCAUGUGCUCCACGGCGUCCAUCUUGAACCUUUGUGUCAUAAGCUUGGACCGCUACUGGGCCAUCUCCAGCCCCUUUCGAUACGAAAGGAAGAUGACACCCAGAGUGGCCUAUGUGAUGAUCAGCGUGGCCUGGACGUUGUCUGUCCUCAUUUCCUUCAUACCCGUGCAGCUCAACUGGCACAAGGCCCAGAGUGAACCUCACAAGCCCCUUGCUGAGUCAUCAGUGUCAGUGGGAUCAAAUACCACACCUCAGUACAACCCAAAGAAUUGUGACUCUAGCCUGAACAGGACCUACGCCAUCUCCACUUCUCUCAUAAGCUUUUACAUUCCUGUGGUCAUCAUGGUGGCCACAUACACACAGAUCUACCGCAUCGCCCACAGGCAGAUCCGCAGGAUUUCGGCGCUGGAACGUGCAGCCGAAAGCGCCAAGAACAGGCACAACAGUUUGUGCCGAGGCUCCAGCAUCGCAGAGUCCGAGAGCUCUUUCAAAAUGACAUUCAAGAGGGAGACGAAGGUGCUGAAGACCCUGUCGGUGAUAAUGGGGGUGUUUGUGUGCUGCUGGCUGCCAUUUUUCAUCCUGAACUGCAUGGUGCCCUUCUGCGAGCAGUCAAGCGGAGGAGAGGCUUUUCCCUGCAUUAGCCCCACCACCUUUGACGUGUUUGUGUGGUUCGGCUGGGCUAAUUCCUCCCUCAACCCCAUCAUCUAUGCCUUCAAUGCCGAUUUCCGCAAGGCCUUCUCCAUCCUGCUGGGCUGCCACAGACUGUAUCCAGGAGGCCACAACAUACAGACGGGGAGUCUAAACAAGUCAUGACUCAUGAAUCUCGGAGCACUGACUCAUCCAUUAAUUCGAAAAGUCCAAGAGCUCCUGUUGCAGCCGGUCUGAUUUACUUCAAAGGAGGACGCUUGCUUUCUGCACUUCUACGUUAGCUCUAGUGUGACUGAAGGGUACUGUGACCGUAUGGAGAUGCAUGUUUGCGUAGACAGAGUGGCCCGCCGUUGUGCAGCCUGCCACGGCGAGCUUGCUGCGCUCGCUGUGGCGGCUUCAGGGGGAGGUCUGCAGAGAUGAGCGCAUAGAUUUGGGUUUGAAACGAAGACCCAGGGGUCAGAGAGUGGAGCAGUGCAUACAUGCUCCUCGGAGAGAUUAUCCCCGAACUGGGCAGCGAGCACCUUAUUGGACACCGCUGUCCUCCUUAACAUCAGACACACUUACACAACAGCAUACACUGCCAAAUCGUAUUCUGCCAAAUGCAGUGCAAGUGUGCGAGUGACACACUUCAGCAAGUAACAUGACAGCUCGCCGAUUCACCGUCAUGCAUAACAUUAAAAUCCGUGGCUCUGCAAGGACUCCUGAGGUAAAAUCAUGUCAUCAUUAAGCACAGGUCAAAUACACCCACAAGUGGCUUACAGUCAAGUGCAAAAGUUUUUAUACCUCCUCUUUAAAUCCUGCAUUUUGUGUGUAAAAUCAUCAUAAAAAUCAUCUGAUCAUAGUGGACCUAGUUAUUAGAAAACACAGGCUCAGAUGAACAACAACAUAUACUGUAACUUUACUGUGAAACUACUGUAUUUAUUUAACAAAACAAAAAGAAGAACAAUUUUAAAAAAUGAGCUGGGCAACAAAAAGUAUUUCCAUCAGUCCGUAGCUUCUCGAUUCACCUUUAGCAGCAUUUCCCGUAUGUCUUUAUCAGUCUCUCACAUCACUCUGGUCCAUUCUUUUUCACAACACUCCUGUUCAUUGAGGUUUUGGGUCAUUUGCUUAGCAGAGCUCUCUUGAGCUCCACAGCAUUUGAAGUGGGUUGAGGUUCAGAUGGAGAUUUUGCUGGUGAGCUUCAGGUCGUUGUGCUUUUUACGUGACCCGGUUUCUGUCAGGCUUUAGCUGUCAAACAGAUAGCCUCUCAGUUACCUCUACAAUGCUCUGUACAUGUUCAUGUGCGACUCAAUCAGCAUGUUUACACGCUCAGUUUAGUCGAGAUGUGGCUUCGGCUUGAUUGUCUCAAUAUAGAUGCCCAGGUAGCACCUCUGGAUCAUGCACAGAUGGAUUUCACAUGUAGGGAUCAGCUGGAUUUCCAUCGCGUUAUCUUGGUGUGUUAGUUCGACUAUGUCUGUCGUUUGAUUUCGGCCAGCCUAAGAUGUUCACAGGCAUUUUAAAACUACAGUACAAGUCGGAUGAAUGCAAUAAUUGAACGUCAGGCAAAUGCACUGAUCAACUGCAUGGUACCAAGAUCCUUAAUUGCAAAACAACCCUGAAUGAUUAGCCCUUCUCUGCUGUGCUCUAGGUUUUGAGUUGGCCAAUAAGGUCAGACAACUCAACUUUGGUCUCAUCUGUCCAUAGAACUUACUUCUAGAGGUUUUAUGGUUUGUUUAGAUGCAGUUUUGUGAACUUCAGUUGUCCGUCCAUUUGUCUUUUCUUAGGACACAAAAGGUUUCUCCUUGCAAACACUCCAGACACACCACACUUGUUAAAGGAGCUUGAGGCAGGAUUUAUGAAAAAAAUGCGUAUACGUUUUAAGUUUUCUAGUAAUAAUGUCAGAUGAAGCGUUCCAAACCAAAAAGAAUGAGCCCUCUAGUGUAUCUCUCCGUUGUCUUGAACAGGCUGUGUUCUGCAAAAUGUGCUGCAAUUCCGGACCGGAAUUUCUCGCGCUGUCCUGCGGAUGUGACGUCACAUGAAACUGCAUGCACGUUCUCCCCGUUCUCCCGUGCCGGCUUCGCUGUUGGCUGCAGUACCCCCGACGGUCGUCGUAGCGCUAAUGAGUCUCAUUUCUUAUUCUUGCCUCAAGCUCCUUUAAGCUUUAACAUGCUGAAAGAAGCCUAUGAUGUAGAUUUUGUGUUUCUUAUAUCUGAACAUCCCAAGCUGGUGCAUCCAGCCACCGUUUUGGAUAACUUACAUUUGUGAAAAAUCUCUUUUUCUCACUGUGUAAUGUUGAACUUCAAAUACUGUAGUUAUUAACGCUUUCCAAAUUGAUGUGCUCUAUUAGUUGCUUCUCUAAGACCUAUUUUAUGUCUUUCCUUCUUGGCAUUAGGUUAACACACACCUAAAUGGUCCAGAGCAAGUUCAUUUUAUUAUUAUAUAUCUGGUAUUAUAGACGUAUAUGCACAUCUGCUGAUGCUCCAUUUAUGAAAGGACUAAUGAUUAGCAGCACAUGGCGGUAAUGCACCUUCAUAAAUCCCCUGGAAGUAGUCAGGACACACUUAACAUUUCCUGCGUGUUUUUUUUCUUUGCUUUUUGCUUUAUUUUUGAGUUAAUAAAUAAUGACCCACAAAAAAGGUAGUAUUUAUAUGAGGUUGUAUUUGCAUAAUGUUAAGCCCCACUACAAUCUGUUCAGUAAUCCAUGUUUUCUGCGCACACACGCACGUAUACACAGAAAAAAAAUGCAGGAUUAAAAGAAGGGGUACCCACUUUUGCACAUGAUUAUGAUAUUACAGACCAGAACAAAACCGGUUAGGGUUUAGUUUAAUAUACAUGCAUCAGCUGACAGCACUGGGGAGCUGAAACUCUGAUCUGAAGUUUGUUUGGAAGCAUCAGUAGGCACACGAGAGAAAAAAAAAAUGAAACUGUUUCACUCUGUCUCGCAGCUGAAGUGUCUUCAGAUUUUUCCAAAUGCAGAUGAUUAAAACUGUAAACCAAAUUCACUCAACAGCUCCUGAUAAGCUAUUAGUGCUUUAUAGUGUUUUAUGGAUGAAUGUCACGUCUUACCUUCUGAGUCCUGUAUUCACUGUUGGCAACAGCUGAUGACCUAAAAAAGAAGGAGACCCAAACAAAGACUUAGCGGGAUGUGUUUUGGAGCUCAAACUCAAUUAUCUUUGCAUCAAUCAGAUCCCACUUUAUCUGAACAUGGCUCUUACUCUAAUGGAGUUUGGAAUUCCUUUCGGUCAUGAUUACGUUUUCUACACCGCUGCAUCUAAGUGAGCGCUCAGUGAAAUCCAGCAGAGAAAGAACCUGCCACGACGACACAGGUUGUAAACCAGCCAUUAGAUUACAAAGAUUACUGGAGGCACUUUAUUUGAAGGUUUCAAAGAGCAUCAGCUUGUCCUGAACUGUUUACGCUUCAUUUGAUUUCGCUGUUGCUUUAUUCUGGUGUCAUGCAGUUGCAUUUUACAAAGUAAACAGCCUUACUUUUUUAUUUUUUUGUUUGUUUUUACAUAACCUCUCAAGACCAAACUGCUUAAUAAAUACCUUGCUAUUUUUUAUUUAUUUAUUGCUUUUUGUAUUAAGAAAAAAAACCUGAAUUAACCAAGUCCAACAGACAGCAGGGUAGUACAAGAACCAUGUAAUACUGGUGGGUAUCAAUGUGUCCAAAACAUGGUAGCGUCACAAUAAAGGCACAGGAAGAGUGGGUUCGGGAUUUUUUAUUAUGUCUGUUGCUUUGCUUUGUAUAGGCCAUUAUUCACAUGAUACAGAGCUCUAAUCAUGUAUUCAUCCUUUUUUAAGAUUAAACAAACAUUGUUUUGUUUUUUGUUUUAUCCCUAACUGUAACCAUAUAUUUAUUAAUGUAUAACAUCAACCCUAUUUCUCAACGUAAUGCUGACUUGCAGCAAAGUAAAAAAAAAAAGAAAAAGAAAGAUGUAAAAUCUUUGGAUGAUACAUGUUUGGAAAGGGUUCAAACUUGGUUUAUUGGGAUGACAGUCCAUGUUAUAUCACCAUCCGCUCUCCAUCACAUCCUUUUAUACCUUUUAGGACAUGUUGUAAAAUUGUGCAAUAUCACUUUUCAAAUUUCAAGUCAUGGAAAAUGUUUGCCUAUUAAAAUUUGCAAAAGGAAAUAUAAUAACAGAGCCUUGAAAAUGUGUUAAUUUUACAAUUUCACAUCAUAUGUGACAGUUUCAUUAUGUAGGCAUGUUAUGAUUUAAAAAAGUCAGUAUAUCACCUAUACAGUCUAGUGUCAGACUGCGUUGCUACUGGAGACGCACUGAACUGAUGAUCAGUACAUUUUAUGAAUGUCUUAAUCCAUUUCCUGUUGUGCUAUAAUGAGUUACAGAUCAGGUUUUGCCUAAUUACCAAAGUUUGGCAGCAGUUUGUGAUCAGCAUAGUACACUGAAGUACUCCAUGAAACUGUGACAGGGGUCUAUCAUAGUAAACAGUAUAUUUGUGACAUAUUUGUUUUGAAGACUUCGUUCUUUUUUGGAACAGGACAGGUUGAUGAUUUGUAUUUGUCCAUUUUUAUUAAAUCCCCUGUAUGGCAUAUGAUUGGCUGUACAGCUUUGACCUCCGGACGUCAAACGUCCUGGGGCCAAUUUCACACUAGAGUCCAUAGAGUGAAACGUAAUGGUACCAGCUGUGUGUUUCAACAUUUCACACUCUCAUAACUCUGUUCAUGUGUCCGUUCAAUCUGGUGAUGUAUUGUCAUCAUUAGCAAAGUGAAGUGCCCCAUCUGGACUCGUGAACAGCCUGGAAUAAUAAAGGAGUGCAACAA